AUGGUGGACAAUCGACAACCGGAGGCUCUCGCCAUCGUGUGUUGUUUCACGGUUGUUUCCUUCCUUUUUGUCGUGUCGCGAAUCUGGUCUCGGUGUAUUGGGCGGAAUUUCGGCUGGGAUGACUAUCUCAUAAUUGGGGCCAUGGUCCUUUUGAUAGCUGAUACGGUUGGCACAUGGGUGUACAUUCUGCUCAGUGGUACUGGGUUUCACAUCUAUGAUCUACCCAAGAGGUCAACACACGAGAAACUCGUCGCUCUCCGCUGGAAUUUUUCAGUUCAAAUGCUGUACCAUCCUUUAAUGGGUGCGAUCCGCGCUUCAAUUAUCAUGUUCCUCUUCCGUAUGAAGGACAAUCGUCGCCGCAUCAGAUAUUCCCUGCACAUUGUAUUCUGGCUCAAUGUCAUGUACUUCAUUGGAACCUCGCUCGUCAAUAUGUUCCAGUGCACACCCAUUCGCUAUGUCUGGUCGAAACCAGCAAUGGACGCGCUUGAUGCAGACGGCAACAUUGUACCGGGAGGGAAGUGUGUCGAUGCUCGAACCUUUAUCUUGACCAGUUGCGCUCUCAGCAUAUUUAUGGACCUGAUCAUUAUACCUAUUCCGUCGGUCAUGGUCUAUAAUCUUCAAAUGUCCAGGCGCACCAAGGUCCUGGUUGUUGCCGUAAUGAGCCUAGGUUGGAUUGCGACAGGGGUAAGUGUAGGCAGGUUCAUCGUAUACUACUAUCGCUUUGCGCCUGAUAUGAAGGACCGGACGUGGAAUAUCGGUAUUGCCAUCAGUAUCGCCGAGCCUGCUGUACAUAUCAUGACAGCUUGUGCUCCGGCAACCAAGUGCCUCUUUCGUUAUCUAUUCCCUUACUGGGGUACCCAUCAAUCUACUGGAUACUAUGGAGACCGCACUACCAUGCCUCAAACAUGGCCCAGCAAGAUUGGCAACCGAGUUCGGAUCAGCGGAGGGCUGUCAAGCUUUCGCUUCAGUCUGAACGAAGGUCCGCGGGAACCUCCCAUGAUCGGUCCAGAUGAGUCUGCACGAAACAGUCAUGGGGAUUCUAAGCACCAAAGCGAAUUCGAUAUGAGACCAUUGGAGAGUGUUGACUCGCGGGACUUGACGGAAGACAUUGGUGGGGCUCCAAGGACAGCUCCUUUGGAGCCCAUUCCAAAGCAUUGCUUGGGCCAGGCACGAUAA